GGAGAGGAGGGCGGGUGCGCGCGCUCCCCCCACCCCCCGACGCGGAAACCGGCGCCCGGGCGAGCCGCUGUAGCCGGCGCGCAGGGCGCAUGCGCGGGUCCGCGGGAGGGCGGGGGCCGGCGUCUAGUGGCGAGCGAGCUGGCCGCCGGUGCCCGCCCGCCGCCGUUACUCGGGGACUAGCGGUCGCCGCGCAGCCCCCGCGCCCUCUCCCGUUCUGGGCUGCCCGUAGUCCUGCCCCGCCAUGAAGUUGAGCAGCCGUGGCCGGGGAUGCUGCGUGGCCGGCAGCCGGGAGCGCGGGCCGCCGCCGCGGAGCCCCUUCGUGCACCAGCUGCGCCUCAGCCCCCUGGAGAAAGCCAAGAUUGCCUUCAUGACUUUGACUCUGUUUCCUAUCCGACUCUUCUUUGCUGCUUUUAUGAUGUUGCUGGCCUGGCCUUUUGCAUUCGUUGCUUCAAUGGGAUCUGACGAGCGAGAGCUUGAAAAGCCCCUCUCCUGGUGGCGAAAGAUAGUGGAUAUUUUGUUGAAAGCAAUCAUGAGAAUGAUGUGGCUUGCUGGUGGAUUCCACUGGAUAAAUGUAAAAGGCAGACGGGCAUUGCCGGCGGAAGCAGCGAUAUUAACUGUGGCUCCCCAUUCUUCCUACUUUGAUGCCAUUCCAGUAACUAUGACCUUUGCCUCCAUUGUGAUGAAAGCAGAAAGCAAAGAUAUUCCUGUUUGGGGAACUCUAAUCAAAUACAUCCGACCAGUAUUUGUAUCUCGGUCAGACCAGGAUUCUCGCAGGAAAACUGUUGAAGAGAUAAAGAGGCGUGCUCAGUCUGAUGGUAAAUGGCCACAGAUAAUGAUAUUCCCAGAAGGCACUUGCACAAACCGAUCCUGUCUAAUUACAUUCAAGCCUGGAGCGUUUAUUCCUGGAGUUCCUGUACAGCCAGUGGUUUUACGUUAUCCAAACAAACUGGACACAAUCACAUGGACAUGGCAAGGACCAGGAGCGUUAGAAAUUCUGUGGCUUACUUUGUGUCAGUUUCACAAUUCUGUGGAAAUUGAGUUUCUACCAGUGUAUAUUCCUUCAGAAGAAGAAAGAAAAAAUCCAGUGUUAUAUGCCAAUAACGUCAGACAUGUAAUGGCAGAGGCAUUGGGAGUUCCAGUGACAGACUAUACGUUUGAAGACUGUCAGCUAGCUUUGGCUGAAGGACAACUUCGUCUGCCUUCAGACACGUGUCUUUUAGAAUUUGCAAAGCUUGUGAGAAGCCUUGGGCUGAAGCCAGAAACACUUGAAGAUGAUCUUGACAAAUAUGCUGGAAUUGCCAUGAAAAUGAAAAAAGAAAAGGUUGACCUUAAAGAGUUUUCAGCAUACUUGGAAUUUCCAGUUUCUCACACAUUAGAAAGUAUGUUUGCACUUUUUGAUGAGAAUGAAGAUGGCAUAAUUGACAUUCGGGAAUUUGUCAUUGCUUUGUCAGUUGUCUGUAAACCUUCCAAAACUCUGGAAACAAUUCAGUUGGCAUUUCAGCUGUACCAGUCAGAAAAUGAAACUAUAACAGCAGAGGAUUUGGCUUGUAUUCUGAAGACUGCCAUGGGUGUUUCACAGAUUAAUGUUACACAUCUUUUUAGAGCUGUAGAUGAAGAAGAAAAAGGAGAGAUUAAAUAUGAUGACUUCCACAGAUUUGCCGAAUUGCACCCACACUUUGCAGAAGACUAUCUCUAUGCUGAUCAGAUGGGAGCUGAGAGUGUCUUGGAGACAUCAUCUCUUUCUGCUCCUAAUGGUAUCUGUACUGACUUCAGCCCUGAAAAUGCUGAAGAUAAAAACAAGCCCUUGCAGAAGAAACUGAAUUAACACUACAACUGUUACCUUCCUCUCCUGGUGAGAGGAUUGUCUUUUCUUGGGAUUUUCAUAAGUCACUCCAACUAUACAGCAAAUACCAGUUUUGUGUGUGAAAGUUCUUCUACCUUAAUACUGUUCUUUGAAUCACAUGUGCUAUAUUUAACAACAUGUUCCAGGUUUCUUUGGGAAAGGUGUUUUUAUUUUUUCAAAAAGGUCUUUGAAAGGCAAAAAUGUGAAUGUGCUUCAUUAUUAAUGUUCGUAUUUAAAAGGAAGCGGCACGCUUAUUUAUAUUCCAUUGGCUAGUUUCAUGUACAAAGUGUCGCACAAACUGUGCAUGUAUAAAGAAACUGUAGCUACUAUGGUGUUAAGUGCACUUUGGUGAUUAGUUUUUUCCCUAGUUAUGGGGAUGUUUAUUUGGGGCCAAACUUUGCUGUCCAUAUUUGCAUAGUCAGUCUUGUUGAUGUCAGUGGGAUUAUUCUGUUGAGCAGGGCAAGCAUAUUUUGGCCCUUUGUUUUGGUUUCAGUGAACAGUUCAGAAACAACAAUGCAAAAACUUGCUAAGGAUUACCUUUUAUUUCUAUUGUUGAAUGACAAAAUUGUUUCUCUUUGUCUGUUCCAUGGUAGAAUGAAAAGGAAAGGCUCCUUAUCCCUCACCCCAACCUUUUCUACUGUAAUCUUCUGGAUGCAAUUAAACGUUAUUUUUUUUUCCAAACUGACAUGCCACAUACUGUUUGCAAAUAAGUGAUAAAAGUGUGCUUUUCUCUUAUAAUCAGUGUAAAUCAUAUCCACCCAACAUUUAAAUAGGAGACACAUACACAAUUGUGUUUAAUCUAGAUUUAUCAGGAAUCACAGGUUUCUUUUAUAACAAGCCUGUGUAUACAGGUAACUUAGCAUGGAACAAAGCUAACACGUGAAAACUUUGUUGUAUCAGCACAAGUUUGAAAAGGUUGCAGUUACUUCAGAGGCCAAGCCAGUGACAAGUUGCAGAACAUACUGAAAAUGCUAGUUAAAUCUCUACAGCAACAUUACAUACACUGCAUAUAACAUAUAUGAAGGUUAAAUUAUUUUAGAACUGUUUAAAAAAAAAACAACAACCAAAACUGAAAACACUUGUAUUAGUAGUGUUUCUUAUCUUUCCUUUUGUAAAGCCAGCUGCCUUAAUUACCAAUAGAAGUCUCAGCGAAAAAUUUAGAUUAUUACAAAAUGACAGAGCUUCACUGAUUAGGAAAUGUGACAAAAGCCUCAAGGAGCAGGAAGGAGGACUUUGUCACAAAAUAACUGAUGGCAGCUCUACUUCCAGACAAAAAAUACUUUCACAUCACUUCUAUGACAAAUUUUGUAGGGCUGUGCUAAAAUAUGAUGGGUUUGUGACUGGAAAACUGUUGAGAUAUGAGUCUUCCACAUGUUAAAUUAAAACUAGAUUUGAAAGGGAAGACUUUUAGCAGAAGGAAAUCUUUUUAGUACCUAAUGCUUUUAUUACUAUUUUUUAAAUAGCAAGAGGCAUUUUAAAGCUCAUAAGGACAUAUUGGAAUAUGUCCUUAGAAGUCCCUAACCGUAUGUGGCAAGUCUGCAAACUGAAACCAGCUUUAAUAGAAAGGGUAUGGGGGGGGAAAAAAAUGUAAGAAAUUACACUUUCUGUGGAGUAUGUGGAGGUAGGUCCUCAUUUGGAGGCAAUAUGUAAAUAAAAUUUAGGUAACGCAUGCCAAGCUGACAGGGCUGCAGCUGACUGGCAGACAAGAUUUGAAUUAAAAGUGAUCAUGAAAAAUGGAAAUGGUUUGGAAAAAUAAGGCAUGUGAGGAACUGCGCUUAGGGAAUAGUCAGCUGCACAAACUGAAAAGAAAGUGGGUAUUACUGCAUAAAACAUCUUGGGGCAGCAGAAGUACAGAAUAUUACAAACUGAACACUGUUAACUCAUUGCUGUGGAAAAGAUAAUUAUAGUGGGAUACAUCAACAGUGUAGCCUGAGAAAAGUGUGGUGGUAUUUCUGUGUUACCAAGGUGUGAUAAGGCCUUACCUGAAAUACCUGUCCAUGUUGGGGCACCUGAGAGCGAUGGGAAUACCUGGGUAGUCUAGAGGACAAAGUACUCAAAGAGAUCAAAAGUAUUCCUUAAUCCAAAGAACAGGAGACUGAAGAAAGAUGUGAAAACAGUCUUCAAAUAUGGAAAAAGUUGCUAUAGAGAACAUGGGAACAGUCUUUUCUCCACAUUGAUGGUAGAUAUAGGCCAUUCAUUUAAAAGGCAAGUUAAGCAUUAAGAAAAUCUCCCUGCAAUGCACCUAGUUAAGGUAAGGAAAAUAGGUUAUUCCAGGUGGGGUGAGGAGCCUUCCUUCACUGGAGGUUUUUAAAACAACAGGCAGCGAAGAUGGAGACGCUUGAUUUUGUUGACCACCGCCCAGGGCCAUAGGGAUACAUCCUGAGGUCUGCUUUCUGUGAUUGUACAGUGUGUAUUUAAGCUAGUAUAUAUGUGAAGGCACAUGAACUGUAAUCUAGGUGUAUCACAUCCUCUCUACAAGACUUUAUGGCAUGUGGCUCAAGCUGGCUGCCUAAGGUAGUUAUCUUUUGCUUUGUAUGUGAGCUUGUGAGUUUGAGAAUUUCAGAGUGUGGGGAAUGAGAUAGGAGUUCCCUGAGACAUGUGUCUGAAAAGAAGAAAAAGGUAAGCUUAGUACCCCAUGGACAGCUGAGGUGAGAGAAGCUCCAAAGGAAGAGAUACUCUGUCCGUAUCUGUGAAAGAGCAAAGAAAGCUGAUUGAGGUUGGCUAAAAAACAAGUGUGCCUAAUUUGCAUGGAUGGUGUGUGUAAUUUGGGGGGGUCUGCCUUGUGAAAACCAAAGGGUUUAUUUGGUUUCAUAUUUGUUUUGGUGGGGUUGUUCCAUGUUUGUUUGGUGGCAAUUCCUUGCUAAUUAUGGUGAGUGUAAUAGCUGCACUUGAGUGCAACUAAGUUGUGGAGAGUUUGGGUUGAAGGGUGCUGCAACCUACAGUAGACGGGCCCUUAAACAAAUGCCACAUUGCGUGGUGAAGAGGCACUGAAAGUUGUGUGCGUCAGUGAGUUCAGUCCAGAGCUGCUGCUGAAGAAGGCCAGGACCAGCGCGUUGUUUGCUUGGUGAGCAAGUACUCUUGGUGGAAGCAACCAUUUAAAAAAAACACAAAGAACAAAAAACCCCCAAAAGAACACUGAAGUUGAAUUCUGAAAUGAAUUGCGAUGCUCCCUCUUCUGUGAAAUUGUUGAACAAGGUAAAGGGCAUAACAGGAUGAAUGAUACGGUGAAGUCACGAUCAGCCUGCAUGGGUUUCCAUAGUUAGAUCACACACAAUGUCACAAAACCAGAGGUUAAUUAAUAUAAUUCAGGUUAUUUUAUCAUCUGUAGAAUAUAAAGCUGUAAUAUUAGUGCCUUGUAGUGACAGAAAAGCCAAGUUAGUGUGGGGUGGUAAACUCAGACUUACUGUUGAGGGCUGAUGCCUAUAACGCAUUGCAUUACUGCAGCAAUGUUCAUUAUAAUCCAGCUAUCAAACUCCCGACUGCUGAAAUGUUUUAGUAGUCAACUAAGUACCCUUUUUUAAAAGGCAUCCAACUGUGGAACAGCUGGGUUGUGACAGUCAAGUUUCAGUGGCUUACUGCAAGCUUCCUUUCCCCUUCACCAAACACUGACGUGUAAAUGCUUUCAAUGAAAAUAUUACAGAUUUUACAAACACGUUGUUUUCUUUUAACGUGAUAUCAACAGCCCCUAAAUUUAGAGGGAUACGUAUGAAGAAAUUACGUAAGUUCUUUGCAACAAUGUCUCUUGAUCCUUACACAAAAAAUGCAGGGGUAUGAAGGUGUUUGAUGCUUGUGAUAAGUAUUUUACUACUUUUGUGUAAUACUGCCAUCCCUUGCCAGUAAGGCUCUUGAAUCAGCCUACAUUUUUACCUCAUGUAUGAGACACCUAGCCAAAGCUUUGCUAUUCUGAUAUGUUUGAACAAGUAUGCUCUGUAUUUUGAAUGUAAUUAAAGUAACACAGAGAACCGUAAAAUCCAAGAUACCUAGAAAGUAUCUUCUUUUUUUCUUCACUUCUAUUUCUUCAGACAUAAUAAGACCCCACUAAAAGCAGACAAAUGUUUUAAGAGGUGGAAAGGAUGUUUAAACCACUGUCUCUACCACAGAAAGGCAAGAGCUAUUACAGAUUGCUCAGGAGUCUACUGCUGUAAGCAGAUAUACUUAGAAGGCAUUAUAGGCAAUUUGUAAGCCUUAUGAAUAAGAUAAGAUGUAAAAUUAAUUUUAUAUUGAUGAAUUACAUUGUAUGUUUCAAUGCAUUUAUUGUAGCUAGAAUAAUCUUACUGUGAUGAAAAGCAACCAGGCAUGGGUAUGUGUUUGCUAAUCCCACUUUGAAGGUAUAAAUCCUUAGGUCACAAAGGUUGAAAAGGAGACUGGUUUGCAGUAGGGAAGUGAGGCAACCUCUAGUGGCAAAGCUGCUAGAACUAUGCAAACUGAAUAGGUUUUGGCUACUUAAAGCAUUGGGCUGGUUGGAGUAUAUUUUUUUUUAUUCAUAAAAUGUAAAACAUUUUUCUGGAAGACUGAUUGUUGCACUUCAACAUCUGCAUAGCCUGAUAAAUUUUCUGAAGCAGAUGUUUUUAUUGAGUUCCCUUACAAGGCCAUGUUUGUAUUGCUAUUAAGUUAUUCAUCCUAUUUCUAUAUUACCAUGCAGUAAGUACGGCUUUUCAUGUUAAUUGGUUUAGUCCAUAUUCUGUUCUCUGCUUCUUCAACACUGGUAUUAUCAUUAAAAAAAACAACACAAGUUGUGGAACUUGAAGAGCAGGUGCUGUAGAUUCUGUGAUCUCAGAAAAAUACUAUAAGCACAGUUUUGCAUAUAUUAUGGGACCAAACUAGGAUGGACAGAAAAAUUCUGAUGGAAAAUCCUGACCAAAUCAGAUCAAUUUUCCUUUAGGUCAGUGUGGAUCAUAGGACCUUCUGAAAUGGUGUAUUCUGCUUAAUGAGAUGCCGCUGUUCGUUUUAUUUUUUUUAGCAGCACUUUCAUGAGUUCUAGAAUUAAGAAAUGCCAAAUACAUAGGCCAAGAGUUUUACAUUAACAAAACUUAAGUUCAGAUUCUAAACUUGCGCUGAAGCACAGAAGUGCCCUGUGAACCAAGCACUUUUCAGCUACCUAAAAAGUAACCAUCUGAACUGCAGCUACUUUGGAAAACUUAAAUUACCUAAUUCAUAUGGCUAGAUUCUUCACAAAAAAAAAGAGAAGAGUAGGUCCAACAGUUCGAAAUUGAAAGUAAAAUUUAUCAGUGCCAUUGAUAGUUAUUAAAUUAGUAAUUAAUUUAAUAUUAAUUAAUCAGUCCAGCAAAACUGCAAGAUCUCUUUCACAGAUGAGCAGGAAGACUGAGACGGUCAUUCAGGUAAAUCCGCAGUCCUGACUAGGUAGAAAUUAAGCCAGCUGUUCUUCAGUCAGAGGGUGCAGCAUUGUGUAUCCAAGCAAUGACAAGGUCACUGGCAGCACAACCAGUGGAGUUUCAUCUGCUCUCAGCCUUUUUCCUUUGACAACUGGAAAAAAGUAUUCAAAAAGUAUUCAAAUGGGAACUUUGUAAGACCUCCUUAAGGUAAAUUUUCCAGCACCACCUCAGAGGAACACACACAGUUGGUCUAUGCUGUAGCCAAGGUAGUGAACUGGGUAUACCUGUUAGUCACUGCUAUGAUUAAAACGUGCUUAAAUUAUAUAAUACUGAGGUAAAACUACUGAGAGAAGCAGCAGCAAACAGGCAGCCAUUAGAUGUGCCUGAACUUGCAUCUAUGAAUAUUUCUUGCAUCUCAUAGUCAUCAAGACAGUUUCUUUCUCUAGGAAACCUUUCAGGGUUAUUUCAAGAUAAUUACUUUCACUUUCACAAGUGGAGGAGUGAUUUGUUUUGUAGAAAACAGCUUCUUUUUCCCCAGAUGAUAUGAUGUGCUGUAUCAUGUGUAACGGGAUUAAACUGAAGUGGGUGAUACCAAGAGAACAGAGGAUUUAAGAGGCUCAUAAAAUGAAAGGUUUAUGUUUCUGUGAAAUAUACCUUUUGGCAGCAGUUGACACUGCCUAGAUUUCUUGCAAGUUCAUUAGGCAAAAUUUUGCUAGUUCUGUGACAGCAGCAGCUGCUUCUUCAGUUUUCUUUAGCCAAGUGGCAGAGCAGAGUAUUCCUGUGCAGGCUAACCUCGGGAGGCCAUGUAUAACCACUGAAGACAUAUUUGCAAUAUUCAAAUGGUCAGUCUCUGGGAAUGGAAACAGUAGAAUCCCCUUAGCACAGAUUGCACCUGAGUAAGUUAUUCCUGUUAAUUAACUUAUUUAGGUUUUUUUUAAUCAACAUAGUUGUCAUGCUUCUUUAUACUGAGCUAAAUUGCACAGGGCUAUAUGAACAUCUGAGUUUAUUUGAGGUUAGCUUUGGGAUCUCAAAAAAGGUGCUGUAUGAUAAUCUGUCAAUAUAGUGUUAAGUUUCAGUUUUUUCACUUUGACCGAAAAUGUUAGAAGCAAGAGGAAAGUCGUAAUGACUUUUGUAACAUUCUGUUUUGAUAUUAUGAAUGGGGUGUUAUCAGAGUGUGCCGGUUGCGAGCCAUGGAGUCAGCUGCAGAAAAAGCAGGCUGAACCUCUGGUCCUGAAGCAGCAAGUAGAAAAGCCCAUGAAGACUAGCAUGGCAGCAAAAAGCCUUCACUGCAGGGUGGCCUUUUCCCCCAGUAAAGAAGGGUCUAUUGCCUCUUAGGCUGGUAAAUUCAGUUUCUGUACCUCUAGCUCUUGCUUCUGCCAUCUGUUCUUUGCAGGUGUGUCACAGCCUGAGGGAGACCUUGCUGCCUCUUAAGCUUAAGUGACAUUCAUGAACUGGUCUCCCUGAGUAAUAAGCGGCAGGUGAAUGUUGCAAGUCCUACUCUAGUAAUGCUGCUCAAAACUAAGCGUCCAUGUACUGCUUUAGCUUGUGCUUGCCAUUAGGUAAAGGAUAGCUUUUUCUUUUCGCACACUUUAACCAUUGCAGGUGUGUCCAGGUGACAGCAGAUCUGAAAGAGCUUAUUAAAAUUCUCCUUAUUUCUCUGAACAAUAAGAAAUUAAAUUUAGAAAUACAGUACAAUUAAAUCUUGAGGUGGAUUUUCUGAUUCACUAUGUCACUUUCAGUGUGUGCCUGUUUACAAAUUCCGAAUGCAGCAUCUGUAAAUGUGAUAGCAGACAAAGACUCCUCAUGGAUACUGAAGAAAGCUGAUGUUCAGACACUUUUCAUCCUACCAUGGUACUGGAAAUGAAAUUCAUCAGAUGAUAGGUUAUUUCCAAGUGUAUGAAUGUAUAUGGGGGAAACCCAAAUACAUGUCUUUUAUUUGCUAUCCAGCAUGAAGACAAUUUUGUAUUUUAAAUGCUAAAGAAAUAAACUUGUAAAGAUCUUGUAUGCCCUAAGUAUAUAUAUUUGUCUUAUGUUUUCUUUUAUAAUGAAGUUCAAGCAAAACAUUUCUUACAUUUCAGGUGGUUUAGGUUAGCCAGUGCUGUAUUUCCAGACUAUAAAAGCAGUUUUUAAGUGAACAUCUAAAAAUGAAAUUGUAUUUUUAAAUAUGUGCAUUAGAAUUCCUUAAGUUAAACAUCUCUCCUUAGCAGUUGUACAUACUUGGACAAAAAGCGAAACCAUUGCUGCUCUUGUCUGUAUAUUUGUGUUUGGUGAUUUGUUUAUAUUGCUUUCUCCAAUUGCUUUAAGGGUAUUAAGAGCUCCAUGUAAAUCAGUAAUGUUAGAAAUAGAAGUAAAUUUCUUUAGAAGUGAUAGAUUUUGUUUCCUGGAGGAGGACCAAGACUAAGCAUCUCUGCUAACCUCGUGUUAUGUACUAUACAACUUCAAUGUUGCAGCAUUGUGCUGAAAGUAUUUGGCAUCAGUUCAAUGGGACCACUUUCUAAACCUUUUUGUAAUUCCCAGCAUCUCUCCGGUUGCACAAGACAUUUAUAAUUUCAUUGCAGGUACCAGUUCCAUCUUUUUGGAAGAUUAAAACAGAGUUAUCAACAAGCUCGGAAAUAAUUCAGAAAAAAAUGUUUUUGAUCUCUUGAAUUAUUGUUAAACUUUCAUUGAGGAUAUCAUUUAUAUAUUUUGGAAAAAAUAUUGCUAUGUUUUUGGAACACACUUGAGAAUUUAAAAGCAAAAGCAAAAAAGUUAACCUUUUAAAUGAUCAAAUUUUGGAAUUUUCUCUUAACUGCUACUGAAUCCAAGUUAGGCACUGCCAUGAAGAGGAUGCUUUUCAUUGAAAACCUGUGCUGACAGAGCAGGAAGCUGUUUUGUAGGAACUCAUUUGCAAGGUAUGACGUGGCUGUUCGAUCAGUGGUGUACAACUUUGGUUGACUUCAAGGCUGCUCAAGCAGGCCUGGUGUGUUUAAAGAUGCAUAUUGGCUGCAAGCUUUUUAUUGUAAUAGCUCAUGGAUAUGCAGUGUAAAUCUGUAACAAUAUAUAGUGCUACUGGGAUAAUAAUAAUCUGAAUGCAUAUUUUCUGCUGUAAAUUUCCCUCCUAUGGUAUGUGUACAUAGACUAUUACCUUUGCACUGAACUGACCAUACUUCAUAUACUGAAAAGCAAAAAACAAGUCGUGUACUAAAGAUGACUGUAGCUUGUUGUUCCAGUUGUGAAAUACUUUUGCAGAAUGAAGUAUAACUUCAGUGCUAAAAAUUUGAUUUUUAUAUUUUUUAUUAACAUGCAUGGAAGAGACUAAGGAUAAUAUUUUUUAAAACUGAACUUGUUUUUGUACGUUUUUCAAUGUUUAAAAGAUAUGAUUUAACAUUACCUCUGAAUACCAGUGAUCAGUAAAUUCUUAAAGGAAAUACCUCAAUUUGAGCAUUCUUUUCUUGUUAAUUGCCUGAUCAGUUGAAGUGGACUAUAGCAUGUGAAGAACUGAGCCAAAUGAUGUAAACAUUUAAACUGUGCUAUAUAAGUCAUAUGAUGAUUUGCUAAAAGAGGACUGAAUGAUACACUACAAGUGUUGAUGUGCAGUAUACAAUCAUGGCUCGUUCUGCCCAACUGGACAUUUUCCUUAUGAAUGGCUUGUAAAAUGAAUUUUCAGCGUGAAGCCAAAUUAAAAAUUAAGGAAAAAUUG